CAUUCAUUCGGCGACAGUUGCUGCAUAAGCAUUAAAAUGCGUCUAGCUCGCAAUAUUCGCUUAGUUCUAUUCCUAACUAAUCAGUUGCUUGUGCUCGCUGUGCUCGCUGACAUUGCCAGUGUUGGCCACUAUUCGCAAACGUUAAUGGAUUCGAUUUUUGAUAUCUAUGCGAGCAACAACGUCAGUCGGCACAAGCUGCCAGCAUUGGAAGCUAAUAAAAACAACAGCAACAACAACGACAACAACAACAACAAUUUGGAGCCAGAGUCCUUUGCGCCUGCCUUUAUCUAUCCCUAUUUGAUGCUGGCCUUGUGGAUAACAUGCAUAACCAGCAUCAUUUGUUGCUGUGUAUAUUGCAAGUGCCAGCAUGCGGAAAGGAUGGCAGCCUACAGUUCGAAUAGUUUUGAGCUGCAGGAAGUGCAUGUCCUGGAUCAUCCACUGCCCCACGUCAAAGGAUGUGUCUGCUUGGCCUGUCUACAGCGACAGGUGGCCAGAGAGCUGCAACAAAGAGCCGAUCAAUAAGACACACAAUAAUUACAAAAUAAAAAACAUAUUUAUUUAUAUGGAUUAAAUGUUAAAAAGGCAGAAGUAAAAAGUUGUGAAAA